CCCUGUUUUUCCUACUUUCUCUCUACGUAUUUUUUAGUUCCGUAUCUCGCUGAUGGAGCCUUCAUAUACUCUGGAUAUUUCUUCUUAUCCUAUUUAUCAUUCAAUUAAUUCACGCUUCCGAUAAAUUUCACACAGAUUUGCGGGUAUUACUAUCAAUUUUCUUUAUGGCGACGAUAAUUUUGAUCAGGAUUCGUGCCACAAUACAUACAAAUUAACUCAUAAAUCUCUUAUUGAUUCAUAUAAAUAUCCGAUUACUUCUUCAAUUUCUCUAUUGCUUAUGUGGGUUUUUGAACUUUAAGAAUUUGCAACAAUGGAGAAGUCAAAACAACCACAAAUAAAUGUUACGAACAAUUAUUUGGGCAGAGGAUUGAAUUUGGAUGUAUCGGCUGUCAAGGCCAUCAGGGAUACCUAUCCUGAUUCUCCUUCAGGAAGUAGUGAAAAUGUUUUACCCCUUUCUCGUCCCUGUUUUGAGUUGUUGUAUGAAACUCCUGAAAGAUCUGCAAACCAGAGGCGUCUGCAAAUGGGGAGUUUUAGGGAGCAAAGGGUGGAAGGCGAAGGCCUGGCAAUUGUUUCUAGAGUACCUUCACAUUCUACUUCCAAAAGUUAUAAUCAAGUUGCAAAUCCAAACAUGGAUGAAUUAGGUAUAAGUAACCAUAAACCGACAAGAAAGUUAGAUGACAAGAAACGAGCAAAAGUGGUUAAGGAUGAUUUUCAGGAUAUACAAUUUCAGUUACGGUUUUUUCACUACUUCAUGAUCUGUAAAACUGAUUAUACACAUUUCACAUGUCCUGGAUGUGUGUAUGCUUAUUAUCUACCCAAAGUCGAGCAAGAUGAUGAUGCUAUAACUGGUGCUUCAGCUAAGGAUCAUAUUGAGGACUUUUAUAUUGACGUCCCGCAGUCCCAGAUUGUGAAAUAUACAAAUCCUGAGGCAUCUGCCAAAGAUCCCAUGUAGGAUUUUUACAUUGACGUCCCAGAGUCACAAAUUGUGAAAUAUACAAAUCCGGCGGUAGUGGAACCUACAUCUGAAUGUUUUAUAGGACAGGAGCGCCCUGGAUCAGUCAAUAAGUCAUCGUUAUUGAGUUUUAUUGGUUCAAGCAACAGUUCGGUGGGAGGACGCUCAACAAAGACCAUUGUGACUGGAGGACACCCUUUCGUAGACUUUGCAAAUGCUGAUGAUUACAACAAGAUCACGAGUGCUUUCAAAACUUGGGUUACUACAGGUUUGAGGACAAAAAGAAAUUUUUUUCAGGGGUUGUGUUUACAACAAAAAGGAUAAUGUAUUACAGCCGCCAUUUGAAUUUGGGGUUAUGCAUGUCCAUAAGAAGGAGUGGUUCCACCAGCUUGCAUACAAAGGCCAACCUUUAAAUGAUACUGUACGUUAGAUAUUUAUACAUUUGAAUAUAUUCUUUAAUUUAUAGAUGUCUUAUAUCUUUGGUUGUGAGUUUAUAGACAACAGUCAAGGAGCAACAUGUAUAAACAUAUUUUUAUUCUUUGACAGCAUGUGGAUAUCUUAUUUUACUAUUUAAGGAAGAAGGGGAAAUAUGAUCUGAAUGUUACAGUGAAGUUCACCACCACAGAUUAUUUAUUUGAUUUGAAGAUUAAGGCUCUUCAUAAGAAAUUUAUUGGACAAAAUAGAGAUGUCUUCGUGUUGAAUCCUGGUCACGAUCUCGCCCAAUAUAUUCUGGGUAAUCUAAUGCUUUGUAACCGUCCGUGGCAUACUGUCGACCACAUAUUAUUUCCCAUUCUUGUUUCUAUGGACAAUUGGCACUGGGUACUAGCAAUUCUAUCUUUCAAAGGCAGAUGCAUUUACCUUUAUGAUUCAAAGCAAGGUAUCGCUUAUAAAUCCAAGGUCCGGAGAGUAAUUGACGCAUAUGCUGUUACACCCCCGUACUUUUUGGGUGCUCUUAGUUUUUAUCACAAAAGGAAUGACAUCGAAUUGAAUCAAGGUCCAUAUAAAGAUAAAACAGAGGAUGAUCCCUUUGAUGUUGUCGUGGUUGAUGAGUUACCAAUUUAGCAAGACACGUAAGAUUUAUGCAAAUUGUUACAAUUUCUUAUACAGGUUGUCGUAUAACUUAAUUCUUCUCUUACACAUAUGGUAAUUUUAAGUUUCUAUUUUUUAAAUGUGGCGUGCUUGUUGCAAUGUUCGCGGAAUCAUUCAUAUGUGGACAAAACGUGUCUGAUAUCAAUGGUCAACGCCUCAGGUUUGGCGUGUUAAUGUGGGAAUAUGGCAGAAUGAAACAGGAUCUGCUUGUCGCUAGUGAUGCGGAAGUCCCUGGGAAAUGAAACCGAUUAUGUAAUACUGAUUAUGGUUUUCUCAUAUAAAACACUCUUUUAUCUUAAUGUCCAUGGACAAGUAAUUAUGCUAUUGAAGUAUUACUGGAAUGUAUUGGUUUUGUUCUUAUACCAUUCAAGGAUAUAUAGCAGGAUAUCCUUUUUACUCUA